AUGGCCGCUUCCCCCAUCGUCGUCUGCAUUGGCAACCCCCUCCUCGACAUCCAGGUGUCGGCCGCCCAGGGCCCCCAGUUCCUUGAGAAGUACGAGCUCAAGUCGAACGACGCCAUCCUCGCCGAGGACAAGCACAUGCCCAUCUACGAGGACGUUGUCGCCAACGCCGAGGUCACCUACGUUGCCGGCGGUGCCGCCCAGAACGCUGCCCGCGCUGCUUCGUACGUUCUCCCCGCCCAGUCGGUUGCCUACAUCGGCUCGGUUGGUGACGAUGAGCUCGCCAAGACCCUCGCCUCUGUCAACGAGACUGAGGGUGUUGUCUCGGCCUACGAGGUCCAGCCCGCCCCCGCCAAGACUGGUGCUUGCGCCGUCAUCCUCUCGAACCACGACCGUUCGCUCGUGACCACCCUCCGUGCCGCCGAGAUGUUCCACCCCGCUCACCUCGCCAAGGCCGAGGUCGCCUCGCUCAUCCACGGUGCCAAGUACUUCUACAUUGGUGGCUUCUUCCUCACCCACGGCAUCGAGUCUGCCCUCGAGGUCGCCAAGGCCGCCUCGGCCGCCGGCAAGACUGUCGUCCUCAACCUCUCGGCGCCCUUCAUCGCCCAGUUCUUCAAGGUCCAGCUUGAGGAGCUCCUCCCCCACGUCGACAUUCUCAUCGGCAACGAGUCCGAGGCCGCCGCCUACGCCGAGGCCUCGGGUCUCGGCCAGGCCACCCUUGCCGAGAUUGCCACCACCCUCGCCGUCCUCCCCAAGUCGAACGCGUCGCGCCCCCGUGUCGUUGUCAUCACCCAGGGCGCCGACUCGACCCUCGUCGCCUCGUCGUCGCCCUCGACCUCGGCCGCCAACCUCAAGCCCGAGGACGCCAACCCCAAGGUCUACCCCGUCCCCAAGCUCGCCGACGACAAGAUCAUUGACACCAACGGCGCCGGCGACAUGUUCGCCGGCGGCUUCCUCGGCGCCGUCGCCCAGGGCAAGACCCUCGACGAGGCCAUCGAGGUCGGCCACAAGCUCGGCCAGAUGUGCUGUGGCCAGAUCGGCCCCAAGCUCGCCUUCCCCAAGGUCAACGUCCUCUAA